AUGAAUAUUCUAGAUAUGAAAACAGAAGAAAAAGUUGAUCCACCAAGAACAAAUGACCGAAAAACAAAAACUGCCUGUGCGAAAUGUUUCAAGGCUGUUUGCAGUAAUCAUCGAGCUGAAAUAUGUACCGACUGUAGAAAAAAAUGCAUGCAGCAGUUUACUGAGGAAGAUAAAAAAGAGAUUUUAUCCAAGUUACUCAGCGGUUCGUCGAAAAACGAGCAAGAUACAUAUAUACAGGGACUCAAGGAAGUAAAAUCAAUCCAAAGACAUCGCAAAAGAAGUUCAGAAGAUAAGCAAGAAAGAAAAUCUAACUUUCUUUACUUUGUUAGGAAAGGCUCAAAUCGCAUUUCUGUAUGCAAAAAAGCAUUUAUAAGUCUUCAUGCCAUAUCGCAUUGGCAAGUUCAACGUCUGAAUACUCUGCUUUUUGCUGCCAAAUGUCCAAGGGACUUGAGAGGCAAGCAUAAUAACCGACCUGGCACCAUAUGCGAUGAAUGGACUCAGAAAAUUAAAGAGCACAUUGAGGCAUUCCCAGUAAAAGUUUCCCAUUAUUGCUCUAAAAAUAUUCGUUAUUUAGAUGCAUCUUUAGAUGUUAAGAAAAUGCAUAAUCUUUUUAUCGAAAAAUAUCCAGAUCUCGAAAACUUUGUUAAAUAUGAAUUCUAUCUCAAAUAUUUCAAUGAAAUCUUCAAUCUUAGAUUUGGAAGACCACAGGUUGACGUAUGCUCGGAGUGUGAGCGAUAUGGUACGAGACUUAAAGACGCUAACCUUAAAGAGAACGGAAAGCGAGCAGCUGCAAGCCUGCACUGUUUGUUCGUCGCGUUCGAGGCGAUGUACUACGAUGCUGCUGCGACCAAUGAAGACGCUGCCUGUUAA